CAGCUAUAAUUAGUUAUUGAAAUUUAAAUUUAAAAUUUUAUAGAUAUCACAAGUACAAAUAAAUUAAAGAUCAUUAGUGUUUUUUCUCCCUUAAACUAUUUGUUUUAACAAAAAAAAAAAUCUUAUAGAUCCUGGUCAGUUGACCAGUGAGUUUGAUUCUAAAACCUCCGGUGCAAGGAAUUUGGUUCAAGUCUUCUAUAAUAGCUAUACCAGAGGAUACAAAUUCCCUAAUUUCAUUGCUAAAGAAUAGCUAGAUUCAUAGCUAUUCCAUGUCUUAAAACCAACUGGAACUUUUUCAUGGCAGCUCUUGUCAAAUUUUCUCAACAAAAUCAAAUUUCUCCUCCGUCAACUCCCCUUUUUCUCAACAAAAUGUCCCAGAGAUUACUCGUUGCACAGUUUUUCUUUGAUAAUUAUUAUCUAGUAUCAGUUGGUUUUUAUUUAUAUGAAUUAGUCAUUUUUACAAAUUUUCACUCUUGAAUCUGACCAUUAACAUUUUUCUAUGCCCUUUCAAGAACCCAUUUCUCGCACUUAGAUUAGAUCUUGAAGCAAAUGGUUCAUUACUACAAACAAAAACCUAAUAAGACGAGGCGGCUGAUUAUUACACACUCCAAUCAGCAAAGGACAAUUAUGAAGGCAAUGGCCAGCUAAAAAUAAACAGCAACGUGGCAAUGACUAAAUCAACAACAAAAUUUAUUUUUUGAUUCAUUUGAUUUCGAGUGGGUUUGAACUUGAUAUUUCUCUGUGCCGAAAAUAACUCCACAACUCCAAUAGCAAUGGGCUUUAGUAACAACCAAAUUUUUUAAACAGUAUGAAAAUACAUUAUAUGGCUGCUCUGUGUAGUCAAAUUAUGUAAAAUCUACGAAUCAUAUUGUGGCCUUCUCCAGGUAAAAUUGGUUCUUAAAAAAAGAAAACUAUUUCUGUAAACAUGUUUUUCUACAAAAUCCAUCAUAAUAUCAGUAGCAUGACUGACCAGAUUAAUAGAUAAAUUCUCAAACUGGGGUCACAAAAUUAAUAUCGCAGUCACAUGAGCCUGUGUAUCCCAAGAAGCCGGACUGAAAGUAUCUAGAGGAGUUGAAUAUACUAACCACCAACAGCAUAUGUUCAACAACUAUAAAAUAUAGGGGCAAUGACCUCACCAAAAACAAAAGUUUAGACGCUUUAGUACGUAAAGACAGUAGGUUCAAUCUUCUAAUGUGUUCCAGAGAGAUCCACUUAUUUGUAUUUAGAUUGGGUUCAGCCAAUUAUUUUCCUUUUUGGGCAUAUUAAUUUCUAGAAAACUUGAGAGCAAGAGGCAUAUAUAUACGCAAAUAAGAUCACUUCACGCAAACCUCUCUGCUUGGUUCUCUAUCAUGGGCAGAAAACCACAUGUGAUGGUUGUACCAUUUCCAGCACAAGGCCAUGUAGCUCCUCUCAUGAAGUUGGCAUACAACCUAGCUGGCCAUGGAAUCAAGGUCACAUUUGUUAACACAGAAUCCAUACAUGUAAAACUGACGUCUGCAAUGCCUGGGAAAUUCAAGGAGCAAAGCCCAAUAUGCCUAGUUUCAAUUCCUGAAGGCUUGGAACCCAAUCAUGAUGGAAAAGAUAUAUUUGAAGCAAUAGAGAAUGCAUCAAUUUUUAUGCCAGGUCAUCUGCAGACGUUGAUUGAAAAUAUAAAGCAGUUAAAUGAUGAUGACCAAGUAACUCAUGUCGUUGCUGACAUAUCAGUUGGUUGGGCACUGGAAACAGCUGAGAAAAUGGGCAUCAAGCGAGCUGCUUUUGUUCCUUAUGGAGCAGGAAACUUGGCUUUGAUACUGCAUAAUCCUAUGCUUAUUGAGGCUGGAAUCAUAGAUGUUCAUGGAACUCCAUUGAAAGAUGAGCGUAUCAGUCUGUCUGAGGAAAUUCCUGCCUGGAACAAAAAUGAACUUCUAUGGAGCUGCCCAGAUAAUCUAGAAGCGCAGAAAUUCACAUUUCGACAUUUUGUUCGUAAGGCUGUGGAAAUUGUCAAAAUUUCAGAUUGGCUUCUUGUCAAUUCGUUUUAUGAACUUGAGCAACCAGCCUGUGAUUUGAUUCCCAACAGCUUACCCAUUGGUCCAUUGUCAGCAAGUGAUCAUUUGGGAACUUAUCCUGGAAACUUUUGGCCUGAGGACUCAACUUGCUUAAGCUGGCUUGAUCAACAGCCUCCACGCUCAGUCAUCUAUGCUGCAUUUGGAAGUUCAGUAGUCUGUGACCAGAAACAAUUUAAUGAAUUGGCCUAUGGUCUUGAGAACCUAGGACUGCCAUUUUUAUGGGUCGUCAGAUCAAAUUUUACAAAUGGAUUGCAAGUGGAAUUCCCUGAUGGGUUCAUAAAGAGAGUAGAAAAAUAUGGGAAGAUAGUCCAAUGGGCUCCUCAGGAGAAAGUGUUAGCUCACCCAUCUACUGCAUGUUUCUUCUCUCACUGUGGAUGGAAUUCAACCAUGGAGGGCAUAAUCAAGGGGGUGCCUUUUUUAUGUUGGCCUUACAUUGUAGAUCAACUCCAUAACAAGAGUUACAUAUGUGAAACUUGGAAAGUUGGUAUAGAAUUGAUCCCAGAUGACAAUGGGAUUGUAACUAGGCAUGAAAUCAAGACAAAGUUAGAGAAACUGCUUUCUGAUGAGGAUAUAGAAGCCAAUUCAUUGAAGUUGAAGGAAAUGGCUAGAAAGAGCACUAGUGGUGAUGGUGGAUCAUCUUUCAAGAAUUUCAUAAGCUUUGUUGAACAGAUAAAGCAAUAGAGUGUUGUUGGUUUUUUUCUUUGGUUGUUGUGUCUAUUAAAUAAACUUGUGGUGUCUGAUUGAAGUAUGCUUGAAAUGAUGAUGUAGUAUAAGAUUCUGAAUUAAGAAUUUGGGUUUUGUGUA